ACGCGCGGGGCCGGGGUAGCAACAGUUGCCUCGAGACCCGGCGCCCGGCGCCAUAGUGACCGUAGCCCUGGAGACUGUUACUUGCCAACGGCGGCAACGCGCGGCCCCGGCGGCCGGAGCCCAGCGCAGCCCGCGGCACCCGGCGGGGACGGCAGCAGUGAGCAUGCAGAGUGCCGAGGGUGGAUCAGACCCAGCAGCUUCCGUGGCGCUUCACACGUCGGCCUCAGCCCCGGCGCCGGUGGUGCAGGCAGUGCCAGCCUCGCAGCAGAGGGUUUUGGUGCAAGCCACGGGCUCGGCUCCCAAAGGGGCGCAGAUGCAGCAAAUCUCUGUGCCCAGGGUCCAGCAGGUUCCACAGCAGGUGCAGUCUGUGCAGCACGUUUAUCCAGCCCAGGUGCAGUAUGUGGAAGGAGGAGAAGCUGUUUAUACCAACGGAACCAUACGAGCCGCCUACUCCUACAGCAGCGAGGCGCAGAUUUACGCCCCCGCCAGCGCCGCGCCCUAUUUCGAAGCGCAGGGAGGAGGUGGAGCUCAGGUGACUACAGCGGCAUCCUCUCCUACAGCCAUUCCCUCUCACAACAUGGUGGGCAUCACCAUGGACAUUGGGGGAAGUCAGAUCCUCUCCGGCUCGGGAGCCUAUCUCAUUCAUGGGGGGCUGGAGAACUCUAGACAUUCUCUGUCACACACCUCACGCUCCUCUCCAGCAACGCUUGAAAUGGCGAUUGAAAACCUACAAAAAAAUGAAGGGAUUACAUCACACAAAAGCAGUUUGCUCAACAGCCAUCUGCAGUGGCUGCUGGAUAACUACGAGACAGCAGAAGGGGUGAGCCUGCCCAGGAGCUCCCUGUACAACCAUUACCUGCGGCACUGCCAGGAGCACAAACUGGACCCCGUCAACGCCGCGUCCUUCGGCAAACUCAUCCGCUCCGUCUUCAUGGGGCUGAGGACCCGGCGCCUGGGCACCAGGGGAAAUUCCAAAUAUCACUACUACGGGAUCCGCCUGAAGCCGGAGUCGCCGCUGAACCGCCUGCAGGAGGACACGCAGUACAUGGCCAUGAGGCAGCAGCCCAUCCACCAGAAACAGAGGUACAGAGCAGCCCAGAAGAUGGAUGGGAUGGCAGAGAGUGCAUCCAACAGCAACCCCCACACCACGCCCGAGCAGUCCGUGGCUGCUCAGAGCCAGCACCACCAGCAGUUCAUAGAUGUAACCCAUGUCUUUCCCAAGUUCCCAGCCCCUGAUCUUGGCAAUGUCCUCUUACAAGAAGGUUUCACCUUGAACGACGUGAAAACCCUGCAGGUUCUCUACAGGAGACACUGUGAGGCCACUCUGGACGUGGUGAUGAACCUGCAGUUCCACUACAUCGAGAAGCUGUGGCAAUCCUUCUGGAGUCCCAAGGCACCCCCUAGUGAUGGCCCCACUGCUCUCCCUUCCAGUGAAGAGGAACCCGAGGGGAGCCUCCCAAAGGACAAACUGAUCACCCUGUGCAAGUACGAGCCCAUCCUCAAGUGGAUGAGGAGCUGUGACCACAUCCUGUACCAGGCCCUGGUGGAGAUCCUCAUCCCUGACGUGCUCAGGCCAGUGCCCAGCACGCUGACUCAGGCCAUCCGGAACUUUGCCAAGAGUUUGGAGGGGUGGCUGAUGAAUGCCAUGAGUGAAUUCCCCCCACAGGUCGUGCAGACCAAGGUGGGGGUGGUGAGUGCCUUUGCCCAGACCCUGCGCAGGUACACGUCCCUGAACCACCUGGCGCAGGCGGCGCGCGCCGUGCUGCAGAACACGUCCCAGAUCAACCAGAUGCUCAGCGACCUCAACCGCGUGGACUUCGCCAACGUGCAGGAGCAGGCCUCGUGGGUGUGCCAGUGUGAGGAGGGCAUGGUGCAGAAGCUGGAGCAGGAUUUCAAGCUGACCCUGCAGCAGCAGAGCUCCCUGGACCAGUGGGCCAGCUGGCUGGACAAUGUGGUCACGCAGGUGCUGAAGCACCACGAGGGCAGCCCCAGCUUCCCCAAGGCAGCCAGGCAGUUCCUGUUGAAGUGGUCCUUCUACAGCUCCAUGGUGAUCCGGGACCUCACCCUGCGCAGCGCCGCCAGCUUCGGCUCCUUCCACCUCAUCCGCCUGCUCUAUGACGAGUACAUGUUCUACCUGGUGGAGCAUCGUGUGGCCCAGGCCACGGGGGAGACCCCCAUCGCUGUCAUGGGAGAGUUUGGUGACCUCACAUCGCUGUCCCCGACACUGCUGGACAAAGAUGAGAUCAGCGAGCUGAGCACCGAGGUGGACCCGGAGCGGGCGCUGGGGGAGCCGCUGGUGAAACGGGAGCGCAGCGAGCCCGGCCACUCCCUGCAGGACAUCUGAGAGCGCCGGGGCUCCUCCGGGUCGGGCGUGCCAGCCUGCGCUCCCCGGACCUGCGAUAUUAUAUAGUGCCUCUUCGUUUCUCUUUA